CAGAGCUCCAGGAGAAGAAGAAGAAUUGUGUUCAGAGAGCGGCAGUAAGCGCAGAGUGGCGCUCGGUCAUGUUAAUGUUUAUCCGCUCAUGGCCGAGCGGCUGCCGUGUGCUCGGCCUCAACAGUCGGUCUCUGCUCCACACUAUCACCACAAACUACAACAAUAACUCCUCUAACAUGACAUCAAACUCCCACUGGCUUACCCCGGCAGACCGCGAGCAGCUGCUGAUGGAGCUGAGGGCAACAGGCUGGGUGGAGGUGGAGGAGCGUGAUGCCAUCUUCAGAGAGUUUCAUUUUAAAACUUUCAAUCAGGCAUUUGGCUUCAUGUCACGUGUGGCUCUGCAGGCAGAGAAGAUGAACCACCAUCCAGAAUGGUUCAAUGUUUAUAAUAAGGUCCAGAUUACGUUGACCACACAUGACUGUGGAGGACUGUCCAAACGGGACAUCAAAAUGGCCAAGUUCAUUGACAAAAUUGUGCUGUCCAUGUAAAGUUUGUCUUUCAUUGCUGUUCCCCCACCCCCUCUCUCUUGCAUUUUAAUUGUGUCCCUGCUUUCAGUCGUCACAAAAUGAUUCCUAACAGAGACGUGUUUUCUGUUGCAGAUUUGUCUCAAAUAAAACCAGUGAACGAUCUUCUGUUUGAGGUCUGCA